AUGGAGAUCGCCAAGAAAUUUAAAUUGGCAAUAAACCGCACCUUCAGUGCAAGUGGUGGGGUCUUUUGGCAACCAGUCAGUGAUGAACAACUGACACGAUACGUCAUGGGUUUAUUGGAAAACUUCGUUUCCAAUAACUGGAAAGUUUACAAAGGCACACUGACCAUUGGACGACAAUUAAAUUUACGUCGUGUGAACAACUUCGGAGAAUUUGAAGACGGCGAGGUUGAUGAAGAUUUGGCCAACUCUACAGACGUGAAAGACGAUUUUGACUCAUCUGUUCACAUCUUGAAUGAGAAAUUACAAGUAAGUAAUUAUAAAGUAAUGGUGAAGAUCCGGGCUUAUGGAUGAAAACUUUGCAACAAUAAAUUUAUCUGGUAAAAGUAAACUUAUAUAAUUCAACCUGGCUAAUAAAUAUAAAAGUAUGUGAAAGAUAUGAAAGGAUUUUAUGUUGAAUGCUGUUUCCACCCAUGGCUUUACUUUAUAUAUUAUUCUAUAGUCGUUUACAUAGGCGUACGACUCCCGGGGGGGGGGGGUUGUUUGUAAAUGUUUAAAUCUUGUAUAUUGUAUACAUAUAAAAUCAUUCUCAUUGUGUAUAUCAUGCAUAAUGCAGGGUCUUUUGACAAAUAAUAUAUUUGGACAAUUUUUAAGUUUUUUAGGCAAGAGAAACUUUGUCGAAUGUUGACGUUUCUUUUUAAAUUAAUAAGGAAAAGUUUAUUCAGUCCACAUUUGUUUUUGAUUACAGGUAAACAAGGACGGUAUAAUAGAUGAGGCCGAUUGGCGUCAUAGAUGGAUGGUACCAUUUCUUCGUUUGAUGCCAGCAGCGCUGUCCGAUAAAUACGUCAGGUCGUUCCUGCGAGGCCACCAAGUGCAAAUGGAAUUGCCUUUUAGGGCUUUUCGAUGGCACAUGUUUAUCAAUCAAGCCAAGCAUUUCUUUGGACCGAAUUUCAUGCCAUUCAUUUUAUUUUUGAGUGGGGGAAUAGGAGCGUUUCAUUACGAAAAGAUUCUAGCUUUAAUUGGUAAAGACGUUUAUUUCAUUUAUCCCCCUGGAACACCCAUGACAUAUGUAGGAUAAAGAUAGGACAAAAUAGUUUUUUCAUUUAGUCUACAUUUAUAAUUUGGAUUCAUUUUUGCAGAAGUGUUAUAUAUUUUUUGAUUGGGCAAUUGUUCAUAAAAAACGAAGUAACUCUGAACAUGGCUUUCAAUAUAGUCGGUUUCAUUAAUUUGUUUUUCUGACACACUUUACCUAAAACAAGCCUGGUUACCCUAUCUACAGAAUAUUUUUAAAUCGCCCAAACGAUAUUUUUUGAUUAAAAGAAAUUUUAUGCGAGACGUAACAAUUCUUCAAACCGUUUGGGUACAAUUUUCCUUGUUUCAGAAAACAGUAGGGUGCCGACAAGACGGAAGUGUUAUGUUUUAUAAUAUAUUAAUAGAGAUGUUAAUACAUAAUAUUUCCUAUCACUGAAGGUGCAUGUCCAGUUCCUACUGCUGUUGGAGAUACAGCAUGUGGAAAAUCUACAGCAUUACAAAUAAUCGGCAAUCUGAUGGGAAUGCAACUAGUAUCGCAAUCGUCUGGCGAGUUCAUUGUGACAGAUUUAACCAAGUCAACAAUCCCAAUUUGCUGGGAUGACCCGACUCAUCCCAGCAUCUUACGACAGCCACUGGUUUCUGUGUUUAAUGGUUUGGGAAACCAAACCCAAGGCAGAGGAAACGAGAAACCGUUGACGUCAUUCCUUCUGACCAUUAAUUUUAAAAUGGAGGAUGAUAUGAGGUACAAUGAUUUGCUAGUUUAUUCUUAACAGACAGAAAAUGUUCUCGAGUGUGUAUUUCAUAAUUUCCAUACCCAGCGCAAGCAGAAAGAUAAAGUCUGCCGCGGCUGCGUCUUGAACCUCCGACCUUUGAAUUGCUAGAUCGACGCUCUAGAAACUGAGCUACACGGUCAGACGGAUUCAGUUAAGACUGGAAGUUAUGAACUAUAUACUGAAUGUCAUAAACAUACUCGUUUAUAUUAAUUCAGCAUCGAACCAAACUAGUUCAGCAAGUGUUAUGUUGUGUUGUGUUAUUGUUCACUUUCUCUUAUGUAUGUAUGUAUACGUAUAUUUUGUAUUUUCUAUAGGUCAUUUGAAAGAACAACGCCAAUAUGGUUUAAUAAAUUAAUCAUUAAAGAGGAUGGCACUGCUGAAGAUUUUCUUGAGAAGAAAAAGCAGAUUUUCUCGUUAUCAAGUACCCAUAGUAUCUUAGAUAUAAUAUGUAUGGGUGAGAGAGUCAACAGGGAAAAUCUGGCGCAGCAUAUUACCUAUUUCAAGGAAUAUUUGUGUGGGCUACCACCGAGACUUGCUGAAAUAUAUUCCGUCUACAGACUGUUUUCACACGAGGUUAGUAAAUUAAAGUUUCAUAAAGGGCAAUUUUUACUAAACUACCAAUACGUGAAUUAUAUAUUUAUAUAUUUUAGAUAAUCAGCCUGGUGGACGAUGAGAACCUUGUGACAACUGCAAGUUUUGACGAGUACCUCCAAGGCGAAUUUAUUCCCUAUGUAACCUCCUUUUAUGAUGUCACAGUCAAGUCUCAUACGAGUAUGGAAGAAGUUUUCAGACUGCUGUUGCAAGCUGUG